AUGACCUCGCCUGCUUCCGGCUCAUCCGAUGACACGCUGCUCGCCCGUCUCAACGCGCUCAAGAAGUCCUCCGUCAGUUUCGACACGACAUUCAAAUCGCCUGUAGCUCCCGCAAGCUCUCCAAAGCCUACAAACGACCUCGCUGCUCGCUUUGCGCGCCUCGGCUCUCCGUCUCCCUCGAGCUCUCCACAGCCGUCUCGAACAACGUCUACGAACGAUGCCCGAGCCCCGAUAGUAGCACCAGGCGCGCCUAGCUAUCUCGAAGGCAUAGCGCAGGGUAUUGGUGGGGGGACUGUUGAGUUCAAUGAGGAGGAUGAGAAGAGUUUGGAGGAGUUGUUGGGGGAGCUGAAUGGGGCUGUUGGGGAAAGGAAGGACUGGGAUGUUAGUAGGAAGGAGCAGCAGGAUGUUGGGAAGCUGUUGAAAGAGAUGAGGGGGAUAUUGCCGGAGGUUCAGAAGGGUCGCGCACAAGAUUUGAAGAAAGCAGGACAGAAAGGAGGUGAAGAGCUUACGGAUUGGGAGAAUGUGGAGGUGGAUGUUGGGAAUGGGAGUGUAAAGGGAAAGCGAGAUGAGUCGACAGACGACGAGGAAGAUGAAGGCGACGAAGGCAAGAAGAAAACAGAGGACGACGAGGCAGAUGAUGUGAUUGCGAGAGCCAUGGCAGAGUUGGAAAUACAUCGCAAGUACGAUGCUCCCUCGCCGCCUCCAGAGGACGAGAAAGAUACGGACUCGGGAGACCACAAGCAAGGACAGACUUCUACGAAAGAAGACAACACAGAUGAUGGCGCUCUAUCUCUCCCAUCUGCACCGACAUCCCUCCCUGAAGACGACCUCGUCCGCGCCCAAGCCUUUGAGGAUAUCUUCACCGCGCGUCUAGCCGCUCUAUCCGCCCCAUCAACACCACAGACCGACGCCCUAGGUCUCCCCUCUGCGCCCUCCUUCCACCCCACCAACAAACCACCCAUCCAGUCAAAUCUCCAGGCCAAACUGGAUGAGGAGAUUGACACGUGGUGUAUCAUAUGUCAAGACGACGCCACACUAAGAUGCAUGGGCUGUGACGACGACUUGUAUUGCCAGAAUUGCUGGAUGGAGGGACAUAAGGGUGAGUCAGCGGGGUUUGAAGAGAGGAGUCAUAAAGCGGUGCUGUUUGUGAGGAAGAAGAAACAGGCUGCGGCUGCGUAA